AUGGCUUCCUCCUGCGCUACCAGGCCCAGCGCCUGGUCCGCCGCCCUCCGUAUCGCUUCCCACUCCAACAGCGCCGCAUCCGCCUCGGUCAGACCAUCUCUCGCUUCGACGUGCGCCCUCAAUGCUUCGACGAGACGGUCCUACUCCAGCAGGAUUUCCCGCUCAAGCUCCGCGUCCCGUUUCCAGUCUGCGUCGAGGCCCCAGGCCCGUCUCUUCUCGAGCACACCACGGAGCUGCUACAAGACUGUCGAGGAAGCAAAGUCGCGGUACAGGCUUGGGCCCUUCUCCAUGACCUCGGCCCUCCUUUUCUUCGGUGUCGGUGGCGGUCUGAUUAUCUACUUUCGCUACGAGAAGGAACGCGUGCAGCGCCAGCGCAUCGCCGAACAGACCAAGGGUGUUGGCCGUCCCAAGGUUGGCGGGGACUUUUCUCUCAUUGACCAGAAUGGCAACAAGUUUACCAGUGAAGACAUGAAGGGGAAAUAUGCUCUGGUGUAUUUUGGCUUCACACACUGUCCUGACAUCUGCCCCGAAGAGCUGGACAAGAUGGCAGAGAUGAUCGACGAAGUGAAGAAGGUUGCCGGCAACACUCUUCGUCCCGUCUUCAUCACUUGCGAUCCCGCGCGCGAUACGCCUGCCGUCAUGAAGGCGUACCUCAAAGAAUUCCACCCCGACAUCAUCGGCUUGACCGGCACGUACGAUGACAUCAAGGCCAUGUGCAGAAAGUACAGGGUGUAUUUCUCGACGCCAUCGGACGUCAAGCCUGGGCAGGACUACCUCGUGGAUCACAGCAUUUACUUUUACUUGAUGGAUCCCGAGGGCGAUUUUGUGGAAGCGCUAGGCAGGAACGAGCCUGCACCGCGGGCGGCCAAGAUCAUCAUCAAUCACAUCGGCGACUGGCGCGGCAAGUUGGAUCGUGACUAA